GUCGUAUAAUUAACAGGUGUCCAGUAUACACUUCGACUUUGCGGCUCGACUACGUAGCCCGUAAUCCGACGAAUACAACCAGAUUAGAAGAAACAACCACAUACGAGACCAUUCAUCGGGAUUACUUGCAAAUUGGUGAUAGAUACAACAUGUUCUCGCUACCAAAGCUACCUACACAGCUACCAAACGCAUUUGGGCUUCUAGGAGAUGAUGCGAAAUUGACUUUUCGAACGAGUCCCAAUGGGAUUAGAAGACUUGCUGAAGAGAAGAAUAUUCCGCCUUCCGAUGAGACAUAUUGGUCUCAAUACAUUACCCUCUUCGACUCUGCAAGUGACGUGUUCACUUUGAUCAGUCCAAACGAUGGUGUGUACAGACCGACGGCUCCUGUUAAUUUGGCGUCUAAUGGCCACUUCUGA